AUGUUCCAAAUACCUCUGCAGACAUCCACCUCUCUGCUGCUCCGCUUCGGUGUGCUUAUGCUUGUGGUGAUCACAGGUCGCAGCCCCCGCUCUGCCGAUGGUGACAAGAAGGGGCACAUUCUGCGAUGGGUGGAGGAUUGCGUUUCCUCCAACAACCCGGCCCUCUUCAAGGACGUGAGCACGGACGCCCCGGAUGAUGCUGUGCUGCGCCUGAUGUACCUUCCUGCAUGCGUUGCCAACGAGCUUCAGGGAAUCAGGCAGGAAGUGGUGGGGAAGGAGGAGCUGGGUGCAGCAGUGAAGGUGGAUCUGCUAGCCCAGGAGAUGCGAAGCGGCACGUCUUUCCCGAAUGAUCUGGCCAAGGAACUCCAAGUGAUCAAGAGCAUGGAUGAAGAGACCGCCAAUACAGGACUUCAGGGGAUUGAGUACAGCUCAUUUGUAUCUGGUCGCACCGGAUGA